CCUACCAACAACAACGCGACGCAGUUAAUAAAUUGAAUUUUUAAACAAAUAAAUACUGGCAUUUAGCGGUGACUGCAAAAUAUAUAUAGUAUUGACUUUUCUAUUCAGUAUUAAUACGAUACAACGUGUUCGCAGUGCUGUAAAAAUGUUUGACACACAUCAAUUAACUUACUAGUUUAAGGAAACUGUGACAUGUUUAAGGGAACAUUAACUGGUGGUGUUGGCGGCUCCUGGAUCGCUGCUAUAUUCGAUGAGAUAGCAUUAGAAGGCUUGGAUGGCUGCACACUACCAUGGCUAUGGACGUUGCUCUCCAUACGCUUGGAAUGUGGACCACAGCUCUCAGAAAAAUUGCAGCAACAGAUUUGGACGCUGCUGCUGCGAUCCAUCGACAAAGUUUCGUUCUAUCAAUUGAAGGAGGAGCGUCCUUUGCUGCCACCAUAUCGACGCAGCGAUGACAUGGACACUGAGAUCAAUAACCCAUUGGUGCCAAAAACAUGUCCCAUUGUCCGUUUGCCCUAUGGACCUAUCAAGGAUGGCCCUAUCAUGGGCAACUGUUUCGAUUACAGAACACGUCAGCGUGUAGACGUUAAGGAGCUGCAAGGCAUGACAGCCAGCGAAGCCACUCAGCACUGGCAUCAAACAUUGGUUGUUGUGGCCAGUCAGGAGCUGCGUUCAAUGGCGCUCCAGCCGAGCAAUGCGGUGAUGCCCAAGUCGCUGCCCAUUCAGCAGUACGUGUUCCUGGAGAAUGUGGGUCGCUCGCGGUACAAUGGGGAGACCACGGGAGGUCCCUGGUCAGCGAUGUAUCACUUCAAGGACUCCAGCUUUAUAUUCUACAUGAAGAACAGGUUGCGCACACUACGUUUGGUCACUUCCCAACCUUAUGUGGAGCGACUUCCGACCCGUACAAUUUGUUCAAGCUUGGUAAUGCUGCCACGCUUUCAAAAGAUAUACAAGACUCAUAUGCAGCGUGUGCUUGAGAAGCUCUACAUGGUCAUUAAAUUGCGUCCAGAACGUCACAUUCCCAUCGCGGAAAUACCAGAUGUUCUCGAUGAACUCACUUCAGGGCAGACCAAGAAGCUGUUGAUUUCGCAUGGCCUGCGUAGAGUCUAUGAGUCGACACACGUGAUGCAGCCCAGCAAGCAGACGGGCAAAAUGCGCAAGGUGACGAUGUUGCGACUGCGCAAUCCUGAUCUCAAAUUCGAUGAGAUAAUGCAACACGAUAGCAAUGACGGCAAAGAGGACAAAUCUACAGCGGAGUUUCUCAAUCAAAGUCGCGCCUAUGUGGAUAUGCCGUUGGAGCUGGAAUGUCUGCGUGCCGUCGCACGCUCAGGUACGCGGGGCAUGAGCACAAUCGAGGUGGCCCAGUAUGUGGCAGCCAAUAUACAUGCGGUGCGCGGUAGCCUUAAGUACUUGCAGGGUGUCGAAGAGAUCAAGAGCUUUACGGAGUCGGAGGGCAAAACACGUAUCACACGGUUUGUGGCCGGUACAGAGGCGGCUGCUGAUAUGGCUCAAAAGCAGGAGCAAAUCGCUGCACAGUCACAGAUGCUGCAGUGUCAGGAGGAACCUACCGUACCAUCACACGUUGACAUUGUGCUGAACGACCUGCCCGAAAUAACGGCCAAUAUACGGCACUUCACAUUCCCGCCAGCGGUGAAAUCGGAGAAGCAAUCGCAACGUCUACUCGAUCGCAAGAUACUCAUUGUACGGCAGGUGAACGAGCGGACUAUUGUGCACUUCACCGAUCUGAUCAAGGUGAUCAAUGAGAUGGACUACUAUGUGAACAGUCAGGAGUCCAUCUGCCGCAAAACAUUGUUUCGUAUGCUGCAUAAGAUGCAAACGGCGGGCAUCAUCAACGCCUAUGAGCUGACGCUGAAGUAUGAGCAGCGAUUGCGCAUCUAUCGCUUGGUGACGCAUCCCAAAAUAGACAUGGAACACGAUCUGAUGCGGCGCGAAGUGUUGCGGCUUAAGAGCAAUUUCCACUUGAUAAGCGAGGAGCAGCUGCGGCGACCCUCUCAGCUGAACAACAUGAAGAGGAACAAGGACAUUUUACCACUCAAAAAGCUGACAACGAGUGCCAAGGGUAUACCGAAGCCAUCCUCACCCAAGCUGCUGCUUGCCUGCAUCCUGCACGAGUUCUUCUUUUAUCUUGUCUACGAGCAGCAGCGUGAUCAGAAACCGCUGCCCAUGAGCGCUGAGCUGCUGCAGCAUUGGCAGAACACGGAACCAUCGCUGCAGACGCGACAAUACCUGGAGGAGUGGCAGACCAAUGAGUCGCAUGUGUUGCCCUACACGGAUGAGAUUAGCUGGCGCACGUUCCUGCAACCGUUGCCCAGCUAUGAGGACAAACCGCCAGGUUGGUUCUACUUUAUGGAUGCCUUGGAACGUAUGCCAUUGUCACUAAUGCAGCGCAUGUUUCGUGUGGAGCGCGAUGGCACGGAACAGCUGCGUCCACAUCUGCUUCAUCAGGUACGGCAGCACUAUCAGUUGCGCCAACUGAAUCUGCAGCUCUUGAUACCACGUCUGCGUCAGCAGCAGAUCUACAUUGGUACUCUGAGACUGCUCAAUAACAUGGGGCUGAUUCAGGUUAGCGAACGACAGCAGGGACGUGAUCCACUGCAGCGUUGGGUAUACUUGAAUCAACGCAGCUGCCUGCUGGACACCACCACGAGCAGCGGUCACAAUUACAAUCGCAUCAGCGCAGGACGCAAGUACGAGGAACUUCAAUUUGAGUUUGCGACGCGGGAACAUGUCACCGACUAUUGGGCCAAGCUGCAGCACGUCUGCAUCUACACCAAGCUGGGAUUUAUGAAACAUCGGGAACCAUCGAAAGGUAAAAAGGCCAGAGUGCGUCUGCCGCAGCUGACCUUUGUGCGCAAAGUGGACUUUGAUGAGGCGGAAGCGUUGGACAAUGGCAGUGUGCCGGGUGAUCGUCAGGGUGCCGCUGGUCUUAGUUCAUUGCUGUUUGCGCAUCAGUUUCGCCAUUGGUCGUGGGUGAAACGCACCAUUGCCACCACGAAAAGAUCAAUUCUGCCAAACGCUAUGGGCAAGACGGCGAAUGUAAUGCCGGUGCGCAAGCGGAUGAAUCGAUUGCGUUUGAAGCCAGUGGAAAAGUUGCGCAGAGCACGCGGUGUGAACGCCUGCGCGAGACGUAAGUCUGGACCACGAGAUGACGUCGAUCGCGAUGCCUUGCGCAACAUGCGUACAUUGCGGGUCACCUGGACAACGGCCGAGGAUCGUCUGCUGAAGAUGGGACGUGCUGUCUACUUGUUCAUUGAUGCGCCGCUGCCAGCUUUGGCGCUCUGCAAUGUGGGCACCGUUUGUCGGGAUGUGAUACGUCAGUACUUGGGCAUCUGCAACAAGACGACGCAGGCGUGUGUGCGUCGCCUGCAGUUCCUCAUCCGACAGAAACGCGAUCAACCCGAUGUGCCCAAUUGGAUUUACGCCAUACAAACACAGCCCAAAAUCUGUGCCAUGUACAAUGAGAACUUUCUUGCGGAAAUAAAGCGCGAGUAUCCUGUGCGCAGUGAGCAGAACGAGGCGCUGCUCGUUCACUUUGUGCUCAUUCUAAGCAUGCUGCAUCGCAUGGUCAGCAGCGCGGACACCGUGCGGCGUCAGUUCACACUGCCCGACUACAUGGAGGAUUAUCAGCGGCAGUUCAGGGAGUGUGGGCCCUUAAAUGCGGAUGCGGAUCAAGUGCUGUUUGCGAAUCCCACCACUGAAACCGAGCUGCAGGUUAACAUCGCUCUUGGCGUGUUGCACAGCAUUCUGUGCAGUGCCAAGGACAAAACGCUAUUCAAUCUGCAGGCCUUCGAGAUAUACAAGAACUUCUCGGAGGAUGUGCUCAGCGCCGCCUUUAAUAAAGCGCGUAUGGACUCGCUGCUGGUGGCUAUGAAGCGUCGGAACAUUCAUCCAGUUAGUCGUCAGGUGACGGGACCAUCGCAUCUGCUCAGCGCCAAGUACAAGAGUCGUCUGUUCUGUCAGAAACUGGGUCAUCUACUCUACGACACAUACCAUAGGUUUGAGAAGCAAUUGCAGGAACAACGCGCGGAGAAUAAAUUGCAAUUGUCGUCACCCAACUUUGCCCAGCUGUUGUUGAUGGGCGAGUGGAUGGCCAAGGACCGUCUACAGUUGAGCCUGCAGCUGCCUGCGAAUAUACUCACCGUGGACACCUGGAGCAUGUCGCAGCCGGGCAGCUCCUCGACGGAUCGCAUACUCGAUCACUACAGCAGUAUCUUUGACAACGCACCGCAAACUGAAUACUCCAAGCGGCUGGAGAGCGAAUGCAGUGCACGACAAGCGGCGCGUGUUCGCUUCCAUCCGGCGAAUCUCACGUAUCGUCUGCAAUGCGGAGUAUACAAUCAGUUGUCGAAGCUGCCGUUGCGUGCCAUGCACUUCUUUUGCGCCUUGGACUCGAUUGGGCAGUCGGUGAACAUCAGCUGUGCUCGGCUGGAGCAGGGCGAGUGUCCCUUUGCCACGUGCAUCAUGCGCAGCGGCAACUACUUGAAUGCCGUGGAGCGCAUCUCGUAUGAGCAUCGUCCCUUACUCAAGCAACUGAUUGCCGAUGCCUUACCGCCAGCUUCAUCUCAGCUGCAAUUGCCACUGGAUGGCUCCAGCUCCGUGGCGGGCAGCACAACGCUCACCGUGUCCGCAACCAAUUGGCUGUCGCUAGUCCAGCAACUGGAAACGUAUUGGCGCCAGCAACAGCAUCAGCAGGAAUGCAAGGAUGUGGGCAAGGCGCUUGCCGAACGCACGCUCCACAAACUGACGGACUGGCGUAGCCUUUGCACUGGACUGCUGGAGUUUGAGGCGGGUAAGGAAGAAGUAGAGCGCACUCAGGAUUAUGAGCCAUCGCUCAACAAGGAGGAGCGUGCCAGGGCGCAGGAUGUGUUUGUUGUGCAUCUGCCCACCAUUCAGCUUCAUAUGGAGCAGAAUGAUCAGCAGCAGCAGGCCAAGGAAGCGCAGCUGCAUAAGUCGCUGCUCGAGAAGGUGAUCAACUCUUCGUUUUGGCGCUAUACGGAGAACAGCUUUGAGACGCUGCUGCCUCAGCUGCAGGCCAUGGAUUACGAUGCCAAUGCCAUUCAGCACAUUAAGGAAAUUCUCGAAUAUAUUGAGCAACAUCCACUGGGCGUGGUGGGCUUGGAGCUGCGUCGCAUUUUCCCAUUCAACAAACUGCUGCUGGAGAUGCUGCAUCAGCUGGAGGCGCACGAUCUCAUCAAGCGCGUGGGCAUCGCUAGUCACAUGUAUGUGCACAAGUUGCACAUGCGUCACUGGGUGGUGCACACAUUCCACAUUACACGAUUGGAGCGAGAACGCAUUCAACCGCAGGUGGCUGCCGUGUCAGCAAUGCCGCACGUGGCGUUCGCCAAGAAGCGCAAGGCUUCUGCUGGGGAACAGGAUACGGAGCAGCCCACCAGCAGUAAACAGGCGAAGCUAACAUUGGAGCCACUGCCAGUGAGUAGUGAGGACUCGAGUGAUUACGAGUUGCCCAGUCGAAGCUCGAAACGCAUCAGAGCGAAUAUCAACAAGCAACAGUCGCCAUCAACAACGCAGCCAGUCACAGAAGAUGUUGCUCGCGAAGUGAUUGUGAUGCGUCCGCAGCCCUGGAUACGUGCGAAUGCUUCACUGAAUCGUCGUGUGCUUGAUCGCUGGCUGGGCGCCUUGCUGAGUGAGUGCAUCAGUCGAACCGGCUGCACGGUGUACAGUCUGUUUCUGCGUUUCCCGCAUCUCCAGCCCGUGGAUAUUAUGCUGCUAAUGGAGCUGUUGUGCCAUCUGGAUUGCAUACAUCUCAUGGAGUUGGAGACACCAACGGUUCACAUUGAAUCUUCUUACGAUGACGACUUAAAGGAGGAGCAGGUCAGCGAGCUGUACGACCCUAGCUGCACCUAUGUGACAGCUCAUUGCAAUGCCAUAGGCAGUCUCACCAGAUUCAUUGGCACAAAGAAGUAUUCCAAUGAGUUUAUCUAAGUGGUAAACUAGACUAAGAUAACCAAACUUUUGGAAAUAAUGUGAAGUUAUGUUAGGACUAAAUUGGUUCGCGUUUUCCAUAAGCAUUGGUUUGAAUACAUGCUAUGGUUUUGUGCCUUAGCGAAGCUGCGUUCUGGAGCCAAUUUUAAUUUAUGAUUUUAAAUAAUUAAGUGGUGACAAUCUAAAAAACCAAUUCUUAACCUUUACAAUAAAGGGCGCGAUAAGCGUCAAGCAUAAUGCAAUAAUAAA